AUGAUAGAAAUGAAUGCAAACACAUGCCUAUAUAAUAUGAACUUGUCUUGCAGACGGCUAGUGUAUUUUCCCUUCAUGCUCAAAGGAGUGCAACAACUCAAAUGUACUUACAGUAACGGUGUGAACUUGAUGGGAUACUUCAUAUGGUCAUUCGUGGAUAGUUGUAAAGAAAAUGUCUCUAUAUUUAUGAAAGAUGGUGAUUCCAGAGAUCUCGUUUCAUCUAGCAGCGGCAAAGAUAAGGAAUAUCGGUUUGGACAUCCUGAUAUCGUUCCCCUAAAGCUAAGGAAGCCAGAGCAUCAGCACAUUUGUUGGCACGUCGAUCAAUAUUAUUGA